GAUUGCUUGACCUGAACGUAUCAGACUUCGAUAUUAGCCCACGAGAAGAACUAAGAUGGCUCCUUCCAAAAAGAAGGCCAAGGUCCCCAAGUCCCAGGCUGUAGUACCCAGGUUCUGCCAACGCGUCAUCGACGACGUAGUCUCCAAUAUGCGACAAGCCUUCCUGGACGAUGGAGUCGGCGAACAGGCCCUGCAGCGCAUGCUGCACAUGUGGCGCUCCAAGAUGAUGAAAAGCAAGUCCAUCGAUCUGUCACCGGCAAUUCCGCCAACACCAGAAGCGGUCGAAGAUUUAGAUGAAGAGCCCUGCUGCUCCACCAGCAAGCGCUCAAAAAAGGAGAAAUCCAAGACUCUGGGAACGGCCAGGCAGCUAGACGGGCCACUCGACGACUCUGAUGAUGAAACUUUCGACAACUAUUUGGAUUAUGAUGAUGAAGGUGACGAUCCUGAUGAUCCCGACGAUCCUGACGAUGAGGCAGAGAACUCUGAGGCAGAGGCCGAGGUGGAAGACGAGGAGGAGCCACUCAAUAGCGGCGACGAUCUAACCGACGAUGAAGCAAUCGAGGAAAAGUUCGAGACUGAGAACAUGGUGGCCUGCCAGUACGAUGUCGUUAGCCGUUCGCGCAACAAGUGGAAGUUUAUUUUCCGCGAUGGCAUGAUGAAGAUUCACGGCAAGGAGUUUGUGUUCAAGAAAGCUGAAGGAGAUGCCGUGUGGUAAAGGAGCAGGAUACUCUUAAAUGUAAUUAUAUAUUGUUUUUGUAUGAACUUCAAGAUCUCUCUAAGAAAACCCUCAAAGAAGUUUAGAUCUCUAGAAAGAAAAAACAAUAAAAAAGCAUAUUUUCA